UUUGUGUCAUAGAUAAUACACUGUUUGUGUCAAAAAAAUAAAAAAAAAUCGAUUUCGAAUUUAGAUUAAAAUUUAUAAUUUCGAAUUUCGAUUUCAAACAAAAAUUUGCAAAGAUAAGAUUCAAGAUCAAGAAGCUGAGCUGAGUGUCUUUAAUAUUAUUGUGUUUUGGCGUAAUUAUUAAUUAAUAUAAUUGUAAAAGCACAAUUUUAGCCGCACUGUCUUUUAAACCCUGUGUGUUGAUAUGUUUUUUUUAAAAAUUAGCUGUAUCAAAGUUUAGAAAACAAAACAAUAAUUUUGUUUUGAUAUUGGUAUUUUGGUGAAUAGAAUGGUGCAAACAUGUUACAUAUGCAAAUGGAGGGCAGACAAGGAACCGAGGAGAUCUUUUCAUAAGUUUCCAUAUGAUGAGGCAGAGAAGCAGAAGUGGCUGGACAUCAUUGGCAAGAGUCACGUGUCGCUGGGCAAGCGUACAUCCGUGUGCUCCAUACACUUUGACACAUCUUGCUUCCGCUAUGGGCUGGUGAACGGCAGGGAGCUGCUGCGACAGGGCAGCGUACCCACACUGCAGCUCACUCGGCCUCCAGAGGUGGACCCGUAUGAGGAUCUGUAUAACAUGCACAAAGUUGAGGAAAUUGAGAUAAAGAUAGAGCCCGACAGUCCAGAGGAUUGGGAGAAACCUCCCGACAUACACACAGACAUGGAGGAAUUGCCCAGUGCAGACGGAGUUACUAUUGACUGCAUCCCUUCUGAAAUGAAGACCGAAGUUGAAGCACCAGCUAUACCUGUCACUGUAGAAAUUCCCCAAACAUCAAAUAAAAGAAGAAGUAAACAGAAGAAAGAAGUGGAGAAUAUUAAAUUAGUCAACAUGGACAUUUCUAAACGCAAAGAGUUCACCAAGAAGCAAGCGUUAGUCAGAAUGUUAGUAGAACGAUUGAGAAGAGAUCACGUCAAACUGAAGAACUACAUACAGACUUUAGAAGAACAGCAGAAGACUGUCAGACGGAGAAGGAAAAAGAAGGAAGUGUAGAAGACAAGUGUAUAUAGGAUCUAUUCUCAAUUUAUUAUUUGUAAAUAAAAUAUCAUUAAAUAACAAUAAAAUAUUUAUAACUUGUAA